AUGAAAAUGAAUGUUUGACUCAGCCUGGGGUUUGUGAGAAUGGUCGAUGUGUGAACACUGUGGGCAGCUACACGUGUGAAUGUGGCGUUGGAUUCAAAACUGACUCCACAGCCACGCAAUGUCUUGAUUACAGGCAAGGCUUUUGUUUCACUGAAGUUCUGCACACCAUGUGUCAGAUGUCGUUCAGCAGUCGUGUUCCUGUCAGCAGGUCUCAGUGCUGCUGUAACAGAGGCCAUGGGUGGGGGGACCAGUGUGAGCUCUGCCCUUUGCCUGCUACUGCCAACUACAAGAAACUCUGUCCAUAUGGCCAUGGCUACACAACUGACGGGACAGAUAUAGAUGAGUGCAAGUUGAUUCCAGGUGUUUGUGCCAACGGCAUCUGUAUCAACAUCAUGGGCUCGUACAGAUGCCAUUGUAAACCAGGAUACAUCGCCUCUACUGCAGGAACCGCAUGUGUCGAUGUUGAUGAAUGUAGUAUGUCCCCAAAACCCUGUAACUUCAUCUGUAAGAACAUGGAGGGCAGCUAUGUGUGUUCCUGUCCCCGCGGUUACACGCUGCAGGAUGACAGCAGGACGUGUAAAGAUGUGGAUGAAUGUCAGAGCAGACGACACAAUUGUCAGUUCUCAUGUGUCAACUCCAUCGGUGGAUUCACCUGCAAGUGUCCGGCAGGCUUCACCCAGCAUCACACGGCCUGCAAAGAUAUUAAUGAAUGUUUGUCUGAGCGGGGUCCGUGCGGUCAGCGGAGCAUCUGUCAGAAUUCAGUGGGCAGCUUCAACUGUGAGUGUCCACAGGGCUUCAUUCUGGACUCUCUCGGCCUCAACUGUGAUGAUGUAGAUGAGUGUGCGCCUGAUCACAGGUGUCAGUUCGGUUGUCAGAAUGUUGCGGGUGGUUUCCGCUGCAGCUGUCCAGAUGGAUACACACAGCACCAGCAGUGGAACCAGUGUGUGGAUGACAAUGAGUGUUUGAACCCGGGCAGCUGUGGUUUAGCAUCUUGUUUUAACACAUUGGGCAGUUUUAAGUGUGGCUGUCCAUCUGGCUUCACCUUUGACCCCGUGUCCACUAGCUGUGAGGAUGUGGACGAGUGUGUGUCCUUCAUGAGCCCCUGCAGAUAUGGCUGCUCAAACACACAGGGUGGAUUCAUGUGUGGAUGUCCGGCAGGAUAUUACAGAGCAGGACAGGGGUGA